UUCUCAAUCGAGGGUUUAUAUAAAUGUUCUGUAAGCACAAUCCAAACCCAGCAGUUGACUGGUGGUUAAAAUUUUGCCUUCGUAAAUUAGACAUGUUUAGACUUGUUAACAUUCGACACCUAAACCCAAACGGUUCACUUUUAAUCUUAGAAACAAACUUUUCGUGCAACUUUUUAUUGGGUGUCCCAGGCUGCAGUUUUCUGGGACUUUGAGGAUGUAUUCGCCAAUCUUUCGUAAUGAUUGCGAAUGCUGAAACUGGACACCUGAAGUGGUUACUUUUAUGACUCUUCACUCAUUCUCCUCCCUUCACGUUCUCUCCCCAUAACAAAACGACGCCAAAUUCCUUUAGUUUUUUUGGCUCGCUGCGUUGAGGCAUUUUUAAGGAACAUAAUGUCGUAUUGACUAAACGGGAAAAACAAUAGCCGUUUAAACCAUUUAAAGAACGAAGUGUGAGGAGCGUGAAAUAGGAAGAAAAUUCAUCUCGAUGGAUGAAAACGAGUGAAAAGGAUAAGACGAGGAGGAGGGCGCGUAACGGGACAGCACGGAGGAAAACUAGUUUUAAGAACCAAGGAAACUGUGGAAAUGUCUGGUUUUUGACUUGUUGGGCAGCCAAGCAGAAUUUGCAAACACAUUCUACCAAAAAAGUAAGGACCUUGAGAAUGGAUGGAGAAAAGGAAAAAGAGAGGGAGCGAGGGGAUGAAAAAGAGAGUGAUGAGACAGAGGAGGAUGCAGAGGGGGCAGCCUUAUCGUGGCAAGAGGGAUACCCUGAUGAUGACCUGGGCUUACCCAUCAUGCACUGGGAGGAUCUGAAUCUCCGUAUUGCUGAACUUGAGAAGCAGCAAGAAGAACGAAGACAGAGGGAAAAGGACUUUGACAGGCUGACAGUAGACUGGCCAGAAAUCAGAGGGCUGAGCAGUCACAGAGAAACCUAUGAGGACAUGGAGGAUGAUUGCAACAGUCGUCUGACUGCUCUGACAACAAGUGAAAGUGAAGAGGAAGAAGAUGAAAUGGAGGCAAAGAACAAGGUGGCAAAACAAUCCGGUAAGAGUGGCACCAAUCAGAGGUUAGAGAAAGAUCAUGGUUCGAGCUCUGGAUCAACUAAGAAAACCAAAUCAAGAGGGUUCAAGAAUGAUGUCAGAGCUGCACUGAGUGUACUCAGACAUAAAUUGAGAUUGGAGCACAAACAGACUAUACCUCCCAGUGAGGCUGUCAGAGAAAGGAAGCACUAUGAACGAAACGACUUGAAGAAUUUCAGCUUGAAGGAGUUGAAAGCGCUGAGGACCUCACUAAGCAAAGACAUUCAUGACCUCAGUUCAGAGCUGGUGGGUCGACUUCUCACAAGGGACCAGCUGAGAACAGAGCAAGAUGCCAUGCUGCUGGAGGUACAAGAUAUGACAUCACUCUGAUGCACAGUCAAAAAUAAUAAUUCCACUAAGGAACAAAAUGACGGGAUCCUUCCUUUUUCAAGACUGUCAUUGAGCUGCCUGAACUAAUUGACUUUACUGUGAAAAGCUACAGCACUCCAUCAUCACUUCAAAAGACUUUACAGCGUUUUUCUUGACAUCUUUAAGGCACAGACGAGGAUUUAAAGCUGCAGUUUACACUUUUACAGUUGCAAGAUCUAACCGAUAAAGCAACAAAGUGGUAAAAGACAAUAUAUGUCAUGACAUGCUCUUUUGCUGAAUAUUACUCUAAUUUGUUUAGUGCCAAAGCCAAUUAUGCCAAGCCUCACGUGUUAAGACAUGGCUCAUUAAAUGCUACAAAGUAUGUGUGUGUACAUACAUUGCCAAGCAACUCAUAACUGGAUUGUUUGUGUCACUGUUUGUGAAAUGCUUAAAUAUUAUUUUGUGAAAUAAAAGGGAAUUCAGUAAAAUUG